CCUUGUGAGAGGAGCGGGUUUUGCAGUCAUGGCCGCUGAUGGUAUGGAUGAGCGGUCCCCCCUGCUGUCCGCCCCCCAAUCUGGAAAUGUCACCCCCACAGCUCCGCCUUACCUGCAGGACGGCAGCCCCCGAGCGGAACUCCCUCCUCCAUAUACAGCUAUCGCCAGUCCAGAUGCCAGUGGUGUUCCUGUAAUAAACUGCCGGGUGUGCCAAUCUCUAAUCAAUUUGGAUGGCAAGCUUCACCAGCAUGUGGUUAAGUGCACAGUGUGCAACGAAGCUACGCCGAUCAAAAACCCUCCAACAGGGAAGAAAUAUGUUAGAUGUCCGUGUAAUUGUCUCCUGAUCUGUAAGGAUACAUCUCGACGAAUAGGAUGUCCAAGGCCUAAUUGUCGACGCAUUAUUAAUCUGGGUCCCAUGAUGCUCAUUCCUGAAGAGCAACCGGCCCAACCCGCAUUGCCAAUCCAGCCAGAAGGUACUCGGGUGGUGUGUGGGCACUGUGGAAACACAUUCCUGUGGAUGGAACUGAGGUUCAACUCGUUGGCAAAGUGCCCACACUGCAAAAAAAUUUCGUCUGUGGGGAGUGCACUGCCGCGAAGACGUUGCUGUGCGUACAUUACCAUCGGAAUGAUGUGUAUUUUCAUUGCGGUUGGGUUGACGGUUGGAACACAAGAUUUUGCCAGACGGUUUCAUGCAACUUACGUAUCUUGGGCAAUUGCCUAUCUCUUGGGCUUGAUCUGCCUUAUCCGUGCUUGUUACUGGGGAGCCAUAAAAGUCAGUUAUCCAGAACACAGUUUUGCGUAAAACUUUCUUAUAGUAAAUAGUGACAGGUGAGAUCUCUAGCAGUUCAGGAUAAACACUCUGGAUAUCUUAAAGCUCUUUUUGUCAGUGUCUGUUACAAAUAGUUUCAAGACUGGGUGGUCUUUUAAGGACAAAUGUUCUUUGCACUAAAAGGUCUGCAAAUAAUUUAUUUUGCUGCUAGAUGUCCAAUUUCUGAAUAAAGCUAUGUUUACAUGUUCUUUAUCUGUCCUAAAGGGUACUCUUAAAUUUCUCACCUCCGUAUAUUUCAUCUAUUGUCCAUUUUACAGGGCAACUUAUGCCAUUACUCAAUCUGUUGGUAUUUAUAAAAGCAAGAGAUGCCCACAAGUGUUUCUACAGUGGCUUCUCAUUUGUACUUAAAUCUCAACUAGAACAGUAUCAAAGUGGCUUGCUUUAAAAUUUUAAGCAAUAAGCAUUUUGCCUCAUAUGCUUAUUGUAACUUUUACCUAAAAUUAUACUGACCUUAUUCAGGAAUGGUAUUUGGUUGUAUCCUCAAAGACGAUACACUAUUGCUAAAAAAACAACAAACGGUUGUAAAUCUUACAUGAUUCCAGGUUUUCAGGGAGAAAGAACAACACUUUGUUAGUAUAUUUUAAAAAAACAGAAUAAUGAAAAAAUUGAUCUGUCGACAAAUGGAUAUCAAUGUGAAUCUAGGAAUUAUUGUUGUUUUAUUAUUGACCAGUAUUUAAAGACCUGGUUAGAUUGAAGAGCCUUAAUUCUAGGCAUUGGUAUAAUUUCCUCUACAAUGCCUAGGGGAAAUGCUUCAUAUAAGAUGUUUGUAAUAUUUAACUCUACCUAGGAAGCUAGGAUUACAAUAGAUUAUUUCUUGUUAUUUGAUUAUGGCAAAGUUUCCCCAACUGGGGAAGUUCUGCACUGGUAAUUUGCAAAGGGAGUGAGAUAUUUUACAAUAGCUAAAAUAAUAGUGUACCUAGAUACUUUUAUCAUUCUGCCAAAAUACAGCUGGUCAAGUUAACAUACAAUUUAUUCAAGAGACUAGAAUCAGAAACAAAAAGUUAUUUAGUUUUCUACAAAUUCACAGGGAUCAUGGGACCAGAUCUUGUGCUGCCCAUCUUUAGGUUUUUGCUAAAUUAAAAAAGAAUGCCCUGACCUCUUUAGAAGCCAGCACUCCUUAGAAAUUGGUAUAAUUUCUAUACUACCAGAAGCUAGUAUAAUAUUUUAGAUUAUCUUUAUUCCUGACUAUGCUAGGCUGACAUUCAUAUGAGGAUUUGGAGCAAAAUAAUCUGAACCUCAAAGUUGCAAUGCUAGUCUUUGAUAUAUGUAUAGACGCCGUA